AGGACUCUUUCAAAGCCUUCGGAAGCGUUAAAAGGUCUUAUUUGGACAAUCUUUUAUCAUUUUAAGGGGUUUUAAGCGUUAUUUUUUUUGUAAAUUUUUGGGUUAAAAGACUUUGAAAAAAAUUGUUUUAUACAGAUUUUUAAAGUAAUGGAUAUCAGCGCAUACAAGCGGUUAACGCUUGGAGAAAUGGGUCGGGAAUCUUCUGUUACGGUUAAUCAGCGCUCAUUGAUAGAUAAGAUUUUGGCACGUUAUGCUUCAGAAUAUACACUUUUUCGAGAGUUACUUCAGAAUUCAGAUGAUGCAUGUUCACGUCAUGUAGAAAUACAUUAUCAAACAUUGAAUGAUCCCGUUAAUUAUGAAGAUAUGUCACAAAUGACUAAAAGAUUAUGUUGUCAAUUGGUUUUUAAAAAUGAUGGUGUUUUGUUUAGAGAAGAGGAUUGGCAAAGAAUAUCUCGGAUUGCGGAAGGAAAUCCUGAUGAAGAAAAAAUAGGAGCGUUUGGUGUUGGAUUUUAUUCCGUUUUUUCUAUAUGCGAGGAUCCAUUUGUUAUGUCAGGGAAUCAAACGAUGGUAUUUUAUUGGAAGAAUGAUCAAUUAUAUGUAAAACGUGCUGUUAUAAAUGCAGAGGUUCCUAUGACUACUUUUUUAUUACAAAUGAGAGAACCGAUGGAAAUGCCCUAUAUAGCUGAUUUAUGUAGAUUUUUAACGACGUGUUUUUCAUUUACACGGAAUUUAUUGAAUAUUUCACUUUACUUUGAUGGUUUCAGACUGGUUUCACUUUCAAAAUCGAAGGAAUUGUCUCAAUUGGUACCAAUUCCAAAAGAAUUGAUACUAAUUUCGCCUCAAAAAAUCAUGCGUAUUGAUACAGUAGUAAUGGAAUCGUUGAAAAUCCGUGCUUCUUAUUUAAAUUUUGUCUGCUGGCAUCCUAAACGUUCUGGUAAAUCGAUAUUAAGACCUAAAUGGAUUGAUAAAAUUAAUCCUUUCAAUCAUGAUACUUAUGAAGAUAUGGAUCCGAAUCUUGAAAUAACAUCUGAUAUCACUUUGAGGAUUGCGAGUGCAAUGAUUCAAGUGUCGAUUAGCCCUUCAUAUAAAAAGGAACUUGAGAGAGUUACAAAAAAAAAGCCUCCAAAAAGCACUAGGGUUCAGUUGCUUUAUUCUGAUCAUCUAGGAAACAAUGUUACGUCUCGUUCAAAGAUUUUUUUUUCGGACCUUUUGACAUGUCAUAAACAGGGUAAUGUUUAUAUUGGGUUUUCUACACAUCAAACAACAGGAUUUGGUGUUCAUCUAGGAGCUUCUGCUUUGAUUCCUACUGUUGAAAGAGAGAACAUUGAUUUGGUUGAUAAGUUUGUUAAAUAUUGGAAUAAUGAAAUACUCUAUUGUUUUGGGAUAUUGGCUAGAAUUAUUUAUCAUUAUGAAAUUCAACGGAUUGUCGAUCAUUUUCAAGACGAUAUAAAGACUUCUUUUAUAUAUGUUAUGAAUAUGUUCACCAUUGAAGCUUCGACACCAUUACCGAUUAGUAAUAUUAUUGAAGAGGCUUUUUUUUCAUGUUCUAAGUUCUGUUCUGUUCCUUUGAUAGCUGAUAAAGUUAUUUCAUCUGAUAAGAUAUAUUUGCCAGAUUCCAAUAUUGAUUUCUUACCUGAAAUGCCUUUUAUUUCUCAUGAUGUACUAUUAGAGUCUGCUAAAUUUUUCGAUAAGUUAAAAUAUAUGGAUAUGAUUAAACAGAUAAGCCUUGAUGAUAUUUAUAACGAGUUAUCUAAAACAGCACUUACAGUUCAGAAUACACUUUCUUUUAUAAAGUGGCUGAAUAGAAAAUCUAAUAUUGAUUAUAUAAUGCGUCUUAAACUCAUAGGAGCUGUAGUUAUUUCUGAUCAACACCUGGGAACGAUUAAUCUUUCUUAUUUAAGAUGUUUUUUAAAUACUAAAUUGAUACCACCAGAUAUGCCAUUACCUCCUACAUGUGCUCCAUAUGUUUUAACAAGGAAUUUUUCUUCCAGUGAACUUGAAAUUCUUGAUUGGAAGGAAUUAAGUAUGUUGGAAUGGUUAGAAUAUAUAUGUUCGCCUUCAGUUUUAUCUACAAAAAAUGACAUUAAUCAUUCUUCUCAAUUUGCUUUGCGAGUUUUAGAGAUAGUCUCAAAAAAUUGGGAAAAAAUGGAUUAUGCCGAUCGUAAUGAUAUAGUUAUUCUUUUGAAUUCUAAAACGUGUAUUCCAACUAAAGAUCAUGGCAUGCGGAUUCCUUCUGAAACAUAUUUUCAUACGGUAACAUUAUUUUCAGACCUUCCUGUGAUCGAGCCUAUGAUUGGUGUGAAAGAAGCAUUUUUGUCCGAUUUAGGUGUACGCAAAACUGUCAAAUAUCAAGUUAUUUUUGAUAGGCUAAUAGGAGGUGGAGAGUGGUCACAUAUAGACCUUAUUUGUUAUUUAGCAAGUUCUAAAGAUAGUAUUCCUUCAUCUGAUUUUGAGAAACUUAAAAAAACUUCUAUAUGUAAAAUGGAGGGCAAUUCUAUACAAACAUAUCCUGUCUGUGAGCUUUAUGAGCCAAUUGAUUCUUUGAGGGCAUUAUCUUUACCCGUUAUUCAAUGGUCUCAAAAUAAAUGGAAUCCGUCAUCUAAUGAAGCACUUUUGCUCUUUUCACUUGGACUCAAGCGAUUUCCUUCUCCAGAUGUAUUAGUUAAUCUUGCUGCUUCAGGUCCAUCUGAACUUCGAGAAAAGGCUUUAAGUUUUUUUAUUGCUAACUACUAUACUUACAACUAUGAGUCAACUUAUUCUUUCUCUAAAUCUAAAUUAAAAUUCUUGCCUGUUCAGGAUAAUAAUAAGCAGACUAAUUUAGAAAGUCCUACAACAUGUUUUACCAAUAAAUUUUGUUGUGUUUUUGGAUUUAGAAUUCUAAGAUAUGAUUUGAUUUCGGAGGCUAAGAAAUUUGGUGUGCAAAAUGAUCCUAAUAUUGAUGACGUCGUUUCUAUUUUGAUAAAAACUCCGCCUAAUACAAUUGGACUUGCUCGAGCUCAAUUUGAAUAUCUCGCUUCUAGAGUUGGAGAAUUAAAGAAACCUGUUUUAGAGAAGUUGAAUAAAGCAAAAUUUAUUCCUACUCAGAAAUUCCAUAAGAAUGAAAUAAGCCAUUUGAGUCCUGAUUUAUGUUUUAUUCAGGAAGAUGAUUCUGUUUUUUACAAUCAAAUAUUUGAUUUUGUUGAUUUUGGUCACAAAGCAAAUGUUUUUCUAAAGGCAUGUGGUACCUUGUCUCAACCGUCAUUUCCUCAGCUGGCUGAGUUGCUUCUUAAGGAUCCUAAGCAUAUUUUCGAUUUGGUUAAGACACCUGAAAAAUAUCAAGACAUAUUGAGAAAACUUGUUAUUAGUAGCUAUUUUCAUAAAAAGACUAAAGGUAUAUUUCGUGAUAUGGAGAAUAAACCUUUUCUUCUUGCAUCUAGAAAACGAAAAAGUAAAAUGAUUGGAAAUAAGUUGUUUUCUGAGAAUCAGGAAACUGUAGAAUAUUUGCUUUCUGAUGCCUCUUCUAUUUUCAUUGUUGAUGACGUUGUUUCUUAUAAUUUGUUUUCUGAAUUUAUAUUGGCUGCACCUCAAGAGGAUAUUUUGGAAGACUUUUAUCAAUCUUUAGGAUCUAAACGUCUUUCUUCUGUUGUUCGAGAAGAAUAUAAAUUUAAAGGUCCAAAAAAGGAGAAUUCUGAAUCAUAUGCUCUUAGAAAAUUAUUUAUCGAUCGCUGUGGUUUAUUUUUGCAUGAAACAUCAACUGUCCUUCUUCAUGAUAGAGAUUGGCUGGUUUCAAAUUUGAGUGUAGCUUAUCUUGAAGGCAUAAAAUUACAAAGAACAUUGAAGUUUAAAAAUAUAAAUCACUCUUAUGAGCACUCGGUAACUUGUGCAUUGGAUCCUGAACUUGAAUGUUCUGUUUAUCUUACGAAAAAUUGGGAUUCGUAUGAUGUUGCUCAUGUGUUAUGUAAAAUGUUGUUUCAAAAGCCUGCAAUUCAUGAUCCUUUGCUUCUUUCAUCACUUAUAACUACUGAUUUGGACGUGUUACAGCAAAGAGGAUAUAAUAUACAAAGGAUUUUGUAUUCUCAAGAUUUAAAGAAAAAGGAAGAAGAAGAAUUUCAAAAAAUAAAUUCAAAACAUGAAAUUGAGAAGGAAAUGGAGAAAUAUUCUGUUGAUUCUGAAUUACAAAAUAUCUCAUCUAUAAAAUAUCCUGGGUCUUAUCCUUUCGAAGAUUUUAAAGAUAAUAAUAGUAAUUAUGAUUUAUUAAAUCUUGAUAAAAAUGAGAUGUCCUCUUCAAUAAAGAAAAAAUCAGAAUUUUUGGAGAAAAAUAAUUCUAAGGAUUUUAAAAUGUUUUCCAAGUUUCAAAAACCUUAUGGCUCUCAGAAUAAUCAUGAAAAGGAACAUAAGGAUUUUUUUUAUGAAAAUAUUUCUAUGUUAAAGAAUUUUUUUAUGAAAAAAGUUAAAUUAAGGAAUAAUAUGCAUAUAAAACGUCCUGUGGAUUAUGAGCAGAGUGUUGUUUCAAAUCUUUAUCAAGCAAUUAAAGCAUGUAAAAAUAGCAAUGAGUUAUCGGUGUGUUCGUCUAUAGAAAUUGUUGAUGUUAAAGAGGCUAAAGAAGGUUAUUGUAAUAUUUCUCAUUCUCAUAAUUUGAAAUUUGUGAAUCGAACUACUGAUAACAUAAAUGUUUAUGUUUCAAAGGAUAUUCAUUCUGGUGAAUUAUUUAUAAUGAAUAAUAAAGAUAAUAUAGAUUUAUUCAGUUCUCUGAUAUUGAAGAAAAUAUCGGCUGUUUUUGGUUUUAAUGCUUCUGUUCUUAAUAUUUUUUAUGACGAUGAUGGACCGACAAUUGCUUUUAACAAAAAUGGAUCUAUUUUUUGUAAUUUAAGACAUUAUAUAUUAUUACAUUCCAAAAAGCUUGUUUCUGGUAAUUUGAAAGAUGUUCUUGCUUUUUGGUUUGUUACUAUUGCACAUGAGUUAUCACAUAAUAUUGUUUCUGAGCAUGGGCAUGUUCACAGUUUUUAUACAGAAUCGUUCAUUUCACAUUAUAUGACAAAACUAGUUAAAUUAUUUUAAUUUUUGGUUUAUUUGAAUAGUGAAAGAACACUCUGUAAUUUUAAUAUCAUUUCAUCCCAUUCAUUUUGUGGAUUUGAGAGACUUGUAAUUGCCCCUCCUGCGCCAAUAUUCCAAUGAUCUUCGUCAUGAUAACGAAAUGUACUUCGUAUAAUCACACUCCAAUCGCCUCCGCCACAUACACUAAAAUAUCCAAAUACGCCAGAAUAUAUAUCUCUUUCUUUUUUUUCCAAUUCACGUAAUAAUUCUAUGCUUCUCUUCUUAGGUGCGCCCGUCAUACUUCCCGGAGGUAAUGUAUGUGCUAAUACGUCAAUGCCUGUAUAAGGAGGUUGUACGGUUCCUCGAAUUACUGACACAAGUUGAUAAACUGUUUGAUAUUCUUCUACUUGCAUAAGUGCGGGUAUAUGAACAUUUUUUGCUAUUUGACACAAGUCGUUACGUAUGAGGUCUAAAAUCAUUAGAUUUUCUGCAUAAUCUUUAGGAUUUUUUAGUAAAUCGGUUGCUUUUUUUAAGUCAAUUGAAGGAUCUUUGCGUAAAGUUCCUUUAAUAGGUCGUAAUUCGCAUAAUCCACUUGAAGACCAGCUCAAGAAUCGUUCUGGACUAGAUAAUAGUAAUGUAACCCCGUUUAAUCGAAGAUAUCCGGAAAAGGGUGCUGGAUUUAAUGUUCUUAAGUGUUUAUAUAAGUUCCAAUCAUCUAUUGGAGUAUAUUUUUUAGACGAAAAAAUACGUGUUGUUGAUGUUAAGCAAAGUUCAUAGGAUUCUCCUUGUUUUAUGUAGUUUUUGGCAAUUUUAAUUUUUUUAAGAUAUUGAUUUUUGUCGGGUAAGACAAUCCGUGUUUGUAAGAUGUUUUGGAAAUGGUUGUUUUGAUUAAAUGAGUUUUGUGAAAACGCUGAAUUAUUUGAAUAUUUGUUGUUGAAUGAUCGAAUAAUAGCUGCUGUUUUUGUAACCCAAGGAUCGUUUUCAAUUAAGCUUUGUAUAACUACUUGGUUUUUUAUUACAUCUAUAACAAUGCUUCUUUCAAAAAAUAGUAGAUUAACGUCUGGGUGUUUGAAUUUGCUUUUUUCAUAUAUAUUAGAUGUAUAAAUUGUGUAUUCAUAAUUGAAAUAUCCAAUAAAUCCCC